AUGACGGACAAAAUGGCAGAAAAAAUUACCCGGAUCAGAAAGGAGAGAUCAUUCCCAGAAAUUCCGGGAGUUCCAAACAGAAGCGAACUCAUGAAGCCGCUAAUAUUCCCAAAUAGUCAACGAGCCUUCAAAAUAUUUACUUACUUGGCUACCCUAGGUGAGUAUUUAAAGAAGUUUGUGUUUCGACAAGGAGGUUAGGAAUCGCGCUUGUUUUUUACUUGAAGAAACCACAUGAAUCAAAACAAUAAUUGAUAAAAUUUCCACACAGCCCCAUACUAUUAUAAAAACAAAUCUGUUUUCCCAGUGGCAAUGUAUUGUAUUUGUCAUUGUUUUCUCUAUCCAAGAACUGAAUGCAUAAUGUAGUAUGGGGCUGUGCAGAGAUUUUACCCAAUAAUUUCAUGAGUUUUUAAAACAUAUGACUGUAAACGGAGGAACUAUGACAAGGAUGUCUAUCAUAGGAGAGAGCAUUUGUGUGUGGUUCCAUAAUAGGUCAAAAGAAAGAACUAGGCAUGUUGUGCCCUGGAGCUCGAGAUCUAAAACCUGGAAAUUUUCUCCCUCUUUCAUAACCUUGUGUAGCACAGUAAAACUCCCCUUCUAUCUAACGGCCUGCUUGGCUUCUCACUGAUAGCAAGAAAAUUCAUGAGACACUGGUAUUUCAAUCCCUACCGGUUUUACUUAAUAUUAUACAAAUCUACCCCCCCCCCCCAUUAGAUACAAUUUCAUUACCUCUUAAAAACCUUUACAACCCUUUACAUCAAUAUGUAUAUUCUCCAUAAUGUUCUCUAUACAUUUCCUAAGGCACUGACAAGGAGUAUCUGAUUAAAAAUCAAGGACUUCUUAUGUUGGUGAUCAUUUUCUCUAUUAUUGUGAGAUAUUGCUUGAUUCAGGGGUGAUAUUGUAAGGAGAAAUUAGAUGCUAGUCACUCUUAGGGAUCCAAGGGUUAAAAAGAGAACAUUUUUAACCUGAACGAUCUAGAGCUUUGUGAUGCAUUUAGUGGUAAUUGUAAUUUUUUAUUUUCAUCCUAUCAGGAGCUGGCUUGUAUUGUGUAUUUAUACCUGAGUAUGAAGGAGAUCAUUGCUUUGUUCCAGUAAGUUCAUGUUUUGCAACUUAUAAUUAUCUAAACAGAGUAGGAAAGAUUGCAAGUUUCAAGCUCUGUAAAGAAAUAGAGAAAGAAAAAACAUCUUCAUCUUACUUAUUUGAAAGAAAAACAACUGAAGGUCUAUUCUACAAUGAUAAGAAAAUGGAGUGAUGAUGAUGAUGAUAAAAACAACAUAAGAACAGAUAAAGGAUUUGAUAUAUUAAAGUUCACAAGGCAAUCAGGUGAACAAUCUGAUGUGGUUUGAUGCUACUCUGGUUCAAAGAUCUAAUGAAUGUAACUGAGAAGUUACAAUUCAUAGAUCUGAAGGAGUGUCAGCACAUUGGGUGUAUGAAUUGUAACUUCUAGGUUACUUUCAUUAAAUUUUUAAACAAGGGUAGCGUCAAACCAUAACAGAUAAAGGAAUUUCCAGUAAGGAGACCUACACUAGCUUUCCAUCAGAAGUUAAGGACAUCUUAUGAUGUUCACUGUUGCAAAAAAACUAAAAAGUUACCAAGUAGUCGUAAAUGAACCCUUCACAUCAUCUGUCCCUCUCCACAGCUACAUCAUUCAUUUCCUUGAGCUAGUAGGGAGCUUAACCCUUUCACUCCCAAGAUCUCACUAGUAAUUCUCCUUACCGACUGUUGUACAAUUUUUAUGAUUUUAGUUCUGAGAAUUUGUAACUGAAUCAACUGAUAAUCCCCUAAUUGAUAUUUCUCCUUAUUCUUAUUGCCUGCUUGAAAUCAUAUGGAUAUCGUAGGGAGAAACUCUGUCUUGGUCUAUGAAUUGUAACUUCUAGGUUACUUUCAUCAAAUCUUUAAACCAGAGUAGUGUCAAACCAUGUCAGAUAAAAGAUUUUUCAAUAAGGAGACCUACACCAGCUUUUCACCAGAAGUUAAGGACGUGUUAUGAUGUUCACUGUUGAAAAAAAAAAGAAAUAAAAAAGUUAAGUAAUUACCAGUAUUCUUAUAUCAUACCAAGAAGUGGAACAUCAAACCCCUAAGAUCCCGUCUCCCUCUCCAAAGCUACAUCAUUCAUUUCCUUGAGCUAGUAGGGAGCUUAAGUAUCACAUAUAUGACAAACAUCAAAGGGCUAAAGUGAGCAUCUUGCUGUCUACUGAAGCAUUUUUAAUCCAAAAUUGAAAUAUUUGCAUAAACUGUAAAUAAGAGAUUUUUUCUAUUUUUAUGCAGCAUUGAUAUGGAAACCUGGUAGAACUAGAAUCCUCUUUUUUUCCUGCAAUCUGCUGGUAGAUAGGUUCCGCUUAAACUCACCAAUGUUAAUCUCCACAUCACAGCUGUGUGCUUACAAGUUGACACAUACAUAUAACUCUUGAGUAUUUCAUUUUUUAGAUACGUGAAUGGGUACAGAAACAGAAAGGAAAAUUUUUGAAAAUCCGUCCUGAGGAUGAGGAGUAUGUUAAACAGCGGACAGCGGAGAUGGCAGAAAAAGUUGCUAUGGCAGCAAAACAAACAAGUGGGGAAGCAGGGGGGAAUAUUGGAAAGUCGUGAGUAAAGAAACUAUCCAACGGAAAUGUAAUUGAUCGUUAGAAAGUGAACACACUAAAGAGACCUGCAGUAUUUAAUGGGAAAAUGAUGCCUCUGGCUUUCAAGUGAAUUUGCAUAGAUUUGAGGACAGAUUUUUAUGGACAGAGUACCAGAAGUUAAAUGUCAAGGACACAGCAGAACUAUGAGUUGAGGUAUCUUACUCGGGCCAGUUGACUUUAGAAUGAACAGAUGCCAGCUUUAAAAAAUAAACAGAGCUUAGUCCAGAGUAUUUCUCUCAUAAAAAUCAUUUACCUAUUAACCCCUAAGGGUGACUAGCAUCUAAUUUCUCCUUACAAUAAUACUGCUGAAUAUUAUUAUUCCUCCAAGUUCAUGAGAAUGAUGGGAAUGAUUACUAAUAUAAGGAGCUUUGAUUGUUAAACAAAUUCUCCUUGUCAGCAUUAUAGGAAAUGUAUAGAGAGGAGUAUGGAGGGUGUGGAUUUCGAUUUUUGAGUGUAAAGGUGAAAAAGAGCAGGUUUGCUACUUAAUUGGCUGAACACAUAAUCGAUUAUCAACCAACAGAAAAAACCUUUGGUGAUUUGGUGAUCAUAGAUUACUUAUUUACUACGGUAAAUUCUCUUUUUUUAUUAUUAUUUUUAAGUCACAAAUAUUAAAAGGUGUGAUACUAUUUCUUUAAAAAUGUAAUCAACACUCACCACAGAGUGUACUCACCAAAGCAUUGAAAGUUGAAAAAUUGCUAUUUUGGGUGGUAAAGUAAUUGCGCUGAAAUUUAUUCUCGAACAAAAUAGAAGUUGUUAUACCUUCUGUGCUUUGUAUUGAUUUGGUGGAUUAAAAGAGGGUGGUUUGUUGUGUCUGAGCCCGCAAUUUACACUGAGUUUGUCACUAAGGAGAGGAAAUUUACCAUCUGUUUUUGUCGUUUUUUCUUUAUAAUCGCUUUUAACGUCAUCCCAAACUUGGCCAGAGCGAACAAUUUCUCUUUUGAAAAACGAUAUGCUCAGAAUUAAGUGUGAUGAG